CUCUAACACGUCUAAAAACUGUAACAACACACUUUUCACGCUCUAUAAAAUCCGUCGAGAAACCCACCCAAUUUGAAACCCUAAUUCAACCAUCUCAACAAUCCUCAUGGACUUCGACGAGUACGACUACUUGGAGAAGACCGUCGCCGCACCUGCCAACGGCACCGAUUCUCCGUCAAACCCUAACGACGGCGGUGUAGAGAAGACCGAGAAGGCUUACCGCCGGAGAGAUAGGGACAGAGACGACGGCGAUGACGAACGAGCCGUAGAAGAAGAUCGGAAAAGUAAGAAAACCAGAGGAGACGAAGAUAACGGCAGGAGCCGCCGUGACCGCGACCGUGACCGUGAGGAUAGGGUUUCUAGGUCGGACCGUGACCGUCACAGAAGUAGCGGUGGUGAUAGGGACAGGGAUAGGGAAAAGGAUAGGGAUGGGGAUAGAGAUAGGGAUCGCCGGAGAAGUAGUAGAGACGGUGAGAAAGAACGAGACAGAGACAGGGAAAGGAGUUCGAGAGACAGAGAGAAGGAGAGAGAAAGGGAAAAGGAGAGAGAAAGGUCUAGAAGGAGCCGGAGUCACUCAAGGAUAGAGCGUGAACGUGAGAAGGAGUUGCUUAGAGAACAAGAAAGAGAACUCGAAUUAAGGGAAAGGGAAAGCAGGAGGUUAAAAGAUAAAAAAGAAGUGGCUGAACCUGAAGCAGAUCCAGAAAGGGACCAAAGGACUGUUUUUGCUUACCAGAUGCCACUGAAGGCAACGGAAUGGGAUGUUUACGAGUUUUUCUCAAAAGCAGGAAAGGUGCGAGAUGUGCGCCUGAUCAUGGAUAGGAAUUCACGAAGGUCAAAAGGAGUUGGGUAUAUUGAAUUUUAUGAUGCAAUGUCCGUGCCAAUGGCAAUUGCUAUGUCUGGUCAAUUACUUCUUGGACAGCCUGUAAUGGUCAAACCCUCGGAGGCUGAAAAGAAUCUCGUGCAAUCUAAUGCUUCAACUGGUGGAUCAGGAGGUAUUGCAGGACCUUAUGGUGCAGUUGACCGGAAGCUUUAUGUGGGAAAUUUGCAUUUCAACAUGACUGAACUUCAACUCAAACAGAUUUUUGAAGCAUUUGGUCCUGUAGAGCUGGUGCAACUGCCAACGGAUCUUGAAACCGGACAAUGUAAAGGUUUCGGGUUUAUUCAAUUUGCACAACUGGAGCAUGCAAAGGCAGCCACUAGUUUAAAUGGGAAGCUUGAGAUUGCUGGGCGGACAAUUAAGGUAUCUUCAGUUACUGAACAUGUUGCGGCACAAGACUCGGGAGCAAAAGCAUCAGAUUUUGAUGACGACGAUGGUGGAUAUUUGGCUCUAAAUGCUCAAUCAAGAGUUCAGCUUAUGGCAAAGUUGGAUCGAAGUGGUAUUGCAUCAGGUCUUUCUGGAUCUCUUGGAGUUGGAGCACCUUUAGUUAAUGGAUCUGGUUCAAUCCUAGCCAAUGGUUUACAGAGUACUGGCCCACCUGCAAUCCCCGUUCCAGGUUUAGCCCAAAUGGUUCCCGUCAUGGGUUUAGAGCCUGUUGGGAAGCCCAGCGAAUGUCUUCUUCUGAAGAAUAUGUUUGAUCCCGCUACCGAGACCGAACCCGACUUUGAUUUGGACAUAAAAGAGGAUGUUGGUGAAGAGUGCUCUAAAUUUGGAAGAGUGAAGCAUAUUUAUGUUGACAAGCAGAGUGCGGGUUAUGUAUAUCUGCGAUUUGAAAGUGUUGAAGCGGCAUCACUAGCUCAACAGGGAAUGCAUAAGAGAUGGUUUGCUGGCAAAAUGAUUUCGGCAAUUUUCUUGCAACCAUACGAGUACGAUGCCAAGUUUAAAGGUGUAGUUUGAUGAUGGAUGAUGUUGACCAGAUAAAUUGAUUACCAGCUUUCUUGUUUUUAGUAGUUUUUGAAUUUGAAUGUAUGAAAUAUCUUAGAACAUAUCCAAUGCUGAUGCAUUUUAGGUGAAAUGUUUAAUUACAUGAAACAUUUUAAGUAUUUGAAUGGUUGUUUAUCUC